AUGCCGAUAGCUCGUUUUGCUACAUUGCUCGUAGUCACCGGCUUCCUCUCCACAGUCGGACAUCUCGGAGCGCCGGCAUUUGGCGCUCUCGAUGAUGAUCUCGUAGCUCUUGACAUUGUGUCGAAAAUCCAUACCGACAGGAGUUUGACGGCCAGAGCCUCCUCGGACUUUGGCCACAUUGUGGAGGCCGCCCCAAAUGGUGUUUUUCACCCGGUCUCCCCCGCCGACAUAGCUGCUCUAAUCCGCUUUUCACUCUACCAGCAGACACCGUUCACGGUGGCGCCGCGUGGAAAAGGGCACUCCUCUAGGGGACAAGCCCUCGCCCCGGGCGGCAUUGUCGUCGACAUGCCCUCGCUGGGGCGUGGUGACCAUGGUCACCGUGUAAAUGUGUCCAUCGAUGGGAUGUACGUGGAUGUCGGCGGCGAGCAGCUGUGGUUCGACGUCCUCCAUGCCACGCUCAAGCACGGGCUCACGCCACGGGUGUGGACCGACUACCUCCGCAUCACCGUCGGCGGCACGCUCUCCAACGCCGGCAUAGGCGGGCAGGUGUUCCGGCACGGCCCCCAGAUCUCCAACGUGCGCGAGCUUGACGUCGUCACAGGCACGGGAGACAUGAUCACCUGCUCCCCGGGCAACAACUCGGACCUGUUCUACGGGGCGUUGGGCGGGCUGGGCCAGUUCGGGGUGAUAACCCGGGCCCGGGUCGGGCUCGAGCGGGCCCCGAAACGGGUCAAGUGGGUCCGGCUCGCCUACACGGACGUGCACCAGUUUACCGCUGACCAGGAGCUGCUCAUAUCAAACGGAGCCGGGUUCGACUACGUCGAGGGGCAGGUCCAGCUGAACCGGACGCUGACGGAGGGCCGGAGGUCGUCGUCCUUCUUCUCGGCGGCGGAGCUCGCUCGUCUGACGGAGCUCGCACUGGGCACCGGAUCAUCCGCGGUGUACUACAUCGAGGGCGCGAUGUACUACGACGACGGCUCUGCUUCCACGGUGGAUCGGAAGCUCGAGGCGCUGCUGGAGGAGCUGAGCUUCGUCCCGGGGUUCGCGUUCGUCAGGGACGCGUCGUACGUGCAGUUCCUGGACCGCGUCGGGCAGGAGGAGCAGAAGCUCCGGUCGGCCGGCGCGUGGGACGUGCCGCACCCGUGGCUCAACCUCUUCGUCCCGAGGUCGCGCAUCCACGACUUCGCCGCCGGCGUGUUCGACGGCGUCCUCAGGGGCACCAGGCCCGUGGGGCUCAUCCUCAUGUACCCCAUGAACAGGGACAGGUGGGACGACCGGAUGACGACGGUGACGCCCGAUGAGGACGUGUUCUACGCCGUCGGGCUGCUCCGGUCGGCGGUGGCCGCCGGCGACCUGGAACGGCUGGAGAGGGAGAACGAGGCGGCGCUGGGGCUCUGCGACCGGGCGGGCAUCGGGUGCAAGCAGUACCUGCCGCACCACGCGUCGCAGGAGGGCUGGAGGCGGCACUUCGGGGCGAAAUGGGACAGGGUCGCCGCGCUCAAGGCCACGUACGACCCGCGAGCGAUUCUGUCGCCGGGGCAGGGCAUCUUCCCGGCCGCGGUGGCCAGCACGACGCCCGCUACAAUCACGGCGUCCUGAGAUUUAUUUAAUCUGUUCAAGUUGAAGGUUCGUCUGUUGGAAUCUGUACCCGUACCUCGUGCACGUAGAACCAGCGACCACUGGGUGGUCAGUAUUCAGUAGGUGUUCAGACUUCAGAGCAGAGCGUAGGAUUGCCACGAGGGGGUCCAAAUGGACCUGCUUUUAGUACCUCGAGUAUACGAAGUCGG